AUGACCUUCACAUCCCACUUCCAGCAAAUAAAAAAGGAUUGUGAAAGCAGGAAAAGACUAGUUCGCACCAUAAGCUCCCGCCACACCAAGUGCAACAGAAAAACAGCUCUAAAUGUGAGUCAAGCCCUAAUACACUCAAAAAUAUUCUAUGGCCUUGAGCUCACCUGCCGAAACUGGGAGGGUCUGGCCACCACACUAGCACCUGUCUACCAUGGUGCGGUUAGAUUCGCAUCCAACCUGCUCCCUAGCACACCGGCGGAAGCCGCCUGCAUGGAGGCAGGUAUUUUACCAUGUCGAUGGGCGAUAGCGAUCAACGUUGUGAAACGAGCACUGAGUUUCCUAGAAAAAACGACAGGGGGAGAAUGUCAAAUAUUAGAUAUAGCUAAACAUAUCUACUCAGAAUUCACUAAUACCCAACUCCCUGCAAUUGCCAGCAUGCGCAGGGUCAGGAAUCGCCCCUGGAACAAACGCUGCCCAAACCUGGACACCAAACUGACACGUAUCGUAAAAAAAGAUGAUCCUCACAGCGCAACGCAAGCAAAGUUUCUGCACUUGGUCAACUGCAAAUACCAAAAUCACCACAAAAUCUUCACUGACGGAUCAAAGCUAGAAGAAGAAGUUGGAAUAGGGAUACACGGUAUCUGUGAAGGAUUAGCUCUACGUCUGCCUCCAGAAUGCUCGGUAUUUUCCGCAGAAGCAGCCGCGAUCGCCGUUGCCAUACGCAGAAAAUCCGAAGGUAUACCAACGGUAAUUUUUUCCGAUUCUCUCUCGGUCAUCUUGGCACUCGAGACCGGAGAAUCGAAGCAUCCGUACAUCCAGGAAAUCGAAGAUGCCUGUGAUAUUCUCACUACGAUUUGCUGGGUUCCGGGCCAUUGUGGAAUCAAGGGCAACGAGACCGCUGACCAUCUGGCCUCUAUCGGUCGGCGAACGAGGUCAAUGGUUACCCGAGAAGUCCCGGUAAAUGAUAUCACUAAAUCAUUCAAGCAGAAAGCCUCCAACCACUUCAUCGACCACUGGACGAACCUGCGAGGACACCCACAGAAAAUCAAGGGAUCUCUCCAAAGAUGGGAAGACAGAGAGAGCAGAAUAGAGCAAAAGGUACUCUCGCGACUCCGUGUAGGACACACCAGAAUUACCCACGCCCACACUAUCUCACGAGUAAAUCCACCACUAUGUUCCACAUGCAACAGCAGGUUCACAGUCGAACAUAUACUCGUCAACUGCCCCGUCUACGAGGACCUUCGUCGGCAACACGAUGUAUCAUCAUCCAUAAAGGAUAUACUUGGAAAUGACCCGUCACGAGAGGAGAAACUACUAAUAUUCUUAAAAAACGCCAACUUGUUCGCAGAGAUUUGA